CAUUGACAAAUCAUCUCGUUGCUUCAAACCACAACAUCAAUAUAAAUGCGAUUAACCUCAAACUAACUUCGUAGCGGCUGCUGCUUCCAUCCCUCGGUCUCCAACACUCCUUUCCAAACAAGCGCCCACGCGACAUCCUCGAACGGGCAUUCACUCGCAAGGAGACGACGAAUUAGGAGCUUCUCGCAACAACAUACAAGUCUUCAAGAUCCUAAAGAGAACCCCUCAACGAUUAACGAUCAUCCAUCCCCGCCUUCCAACUUCCAACUCUCAACUUUCCCCAACCUAAAACCAAACCAAAAAAAGCCAAAAAAGAAAAAAAAUGGCCUUCCAACCCUUCUCCACCCCCGGCGCCUACGGCACCCCCAUACCCUGGCACAUGCGCCGCGACGCGCCCCUCUACCGCCCCUUCGCCGCCUUCGCUAACUGCAAGCCCACGCCCCCUCCCUCCCCCUACACCCUCGGCCCCAUCCCGCCAGAAGAACUAAAGCGGCGGCGCGACGAGGCGGAGUGGCUCGCGUUCCAGCACUGGGUGGCGACGACGCCGGGGGCGCCUUUGCCGCCUCGGUUCCCCGCCGCCGCUCCUUCGCGUGGGCUGGUGGGGAUGUUGGGGGAGCUGGGCGUGAUUAGGGGGUUGGGGGAGGGGAAGGAGAAGCUGGAGACGGCGUGGCGGGAAGCGGUGGCGCGGGGUCGGAGGCUUCGGGAGGGUGCGAGGGAGCUGGGGAGGGAUGUGAGGGACCGGUGCGCGCGCGCGGCUUUCUACUGCGAGAGGCGAUAUUGGCUGGCGCAGUACGCGUACCGCCAGAGUGGGUGGCCGGAGGUCGUGAGCCUGGUGUUGUACAUGGCCAUGCUGAUCCUGGCUUUGGGGUUGGCGAUGUGCCUCGCGAGGAUGUGGGCUGAAGAGGAGUGCGGGGAGCUCAAGGUGCCCGACUCCUAUUAUGUGCUGGUGCCAAACUACAGAUCGUGGUCUGUGUCUAAGCCGAGACAGAGCGUAUGAGCGGUUUUUUUCUUUCUUUUGGUAUGACGACCAGAGGUAACACCCGUUCUGCAAGAAUGAUUAGGAAAUCUUUUUUUGAGGGAAGCGACGAGAAUGAAGAGGAUGGGGGUUGAAUAUGAGGGAAGCAGCUCUUAUGUAGCCAACUGUUUGAACCGAUUAUUAAGAUGGCUGGACCACCAAGGCCUUCUCAGUAUACUCUCCAGCGUGUUACUCAAACCGGAACGUCACACAAGUUCAACGAGAAUCUCAAGUAUAAAAUCGGAAAUGCAAUUCCAUUAAAAAUCAAGAGCGCAUAGGGAAAACAUCAGAUGCAUGCAAUAGUGACAAACCCGCCCUAGCUCUAAUUUGCAACACCUCUCCCGUAAUCACAUAGUCCGGGGACUUCACCCUGGGAAAGUUAGUACAAUCUAUCAGUCCAGUGUCUAUACAUAUCGUCCUUAGAUACCCAAACUGAAUUCGACGCCCACGUCAAUGUCCCGAGCCAUUUUUACAACCUUGGAGAGCUGUACAGACUUCUCCGCAGCACUUUGGAGGUCAUCGAUGGAGAAGAUCUUCAUUCCCGAGUCGUUGAUGAGUUGGUGAGCUUGCUCCAUGUUCGUUCCUUGCAGACGGGCAAUGAUGGGGACCUUGAGGUUCAGAGUCUUGGCAGUG